AACAUUUCUGUGAAAAUUAUUCGAUCUAGUCAAUAAAAUUAGUUUGUCUUCGCCUUCGAAUAAAAGUUGGUUUCAAAAAGACAUACUCAGGGCCUCAGGGGAAGUAAUAAUUGAAAUUUAAUGCGAAAAAAUGAAAUUAAAAGUCGAUAUAUCUGCAUGCUGUGUAUGUAUAGGUUUAUGCAAAUUCAUCUGAAACGAUGAACUAGCUAUCUUGUUCUUCACCGGCUUCUGCAACAUCUUAGGGUUCCUGGCUUCGAUCUGUUCUUCCUUACGGAGUGUUUGAUUUUUAUAAAUGCUCGGAAAGAGCUGAGAGUUUCAGGGAAAGAAGAAUGAAGCGAAUGAAGCUCGACUCACUGAUCUGGGUGAGUCGGCUCAGAUCGAUUCAAGUCUUGAUGGGUGUGUUGUUUGUCUACCUGGUUCUUAUGAGCUUCGAAAUACCUCUGGUUUUCCGGACCGGGUUCGGGUCGGAUUCUACGGAGCUCGAAUCUCAUUUUGCAACCUCCCGGGCGAUCCUGCUCGACAGCGAGAAGGAGGCGGAGCCCGUUUUCCAUCAUCGAAGGGGAAUCUCGGUUUCCCGGUUCCCGACGAGUGAUACUCCGAGGAAAUUGGGCGAGUAUCGGAAGGUCUCCGGUUUGGUUUUCGACGAGAACUCGUUCAAUAGCAUCAAUAGGCAGGACCUUACUGAGAUCUAUGCAGUCGUCAGGGAUGCAUUCGCGGCGGGGAAGAAAUUGUUCGAGGAGAUUGAAUCCGGGAAAAUUCAAAACGAGUUGGACAAUCGGACUCAGAAUCUGAACGAGUCAUGCCCCAACUCAAUGAUUUUGGCCGGGCACGAGUUUGUGCAGAAUGGUAGACUGAUGGUGAUUCCAUGCGGACUGUCAUUGGGGUCGCAUGUAACGGUGGUGGGGACGCCGCAUUGGGCCCACUCUGAGAAGGAUUCAAAAAUUGCGGCUGGGGAGGAGACUGUAAUGGUUUCACAGUUCAUGAUGGAGUUGCAGGGAUUGAAGACGGUGGACGGGGAGGACCCACCAAGGAUACUGCAUCUUAACCCGCGUUUGAAAGGGGACUGGAGUGGGAGGGCAGUGAUCGAGCACAACACAUGCUAUCGGAUGCAAUGGGGUGCUUCAAUGAGGUGUGACGGAUUGAGAUCCAAACCUGAUGAAGAGACUGUUGAUGGGCAGAUGAAAUGUGAGAAGUGGAUACGUGAUGAUGACAAUCGCUCCGAGGAAUCAAAGACAACAUGGUGGUUGAAGAGGCUGAUUGGGAGGACGAAAAAGGAGGUUUCUAUAGACUGGCCAUACCCUUUUGCAGAGAACAAACUGUUUGUACUGACAGUUAGUGCCGGUUUGGAAGGUUAUCAUAUCCAUGUAGAUGGGAGGCACGUCUCCUCUUUCCCGUAUCGCACUGGGUUCACUCUAGAGGAUGCAACAGGGUUAUCAGUAAAGGGGGAUCUCGACGUGCAUUCCAUUUUCGUGGCUUCAUUGCCCUCAACACAUCCAAGUUUUGCUCCUCAGAGGCACUUGGAAAUGUUGCCAAGAUGGCAGGCCCCACCUCUUCCUAUAGGACCUGUGGAGCUCUUUAUCGGAAUCCUUUCUGCUGGCAAUCAUUUUGCUGAGCGGAUGGCUGUGAGAAAAUCAUGGAUGCAACAUGGAUCAAUUAGGUCGUUGAAUGUUGUGGCUCGCUUUUUUGUUGCAAUGCACGGGAGAAAGGAAAUAAAUGCGGAGCUUAUGAAGGAAGCAAACUUUUUUGGUGAUAUUGUUAUAGUGCCUUAUAUGGAUAAUUAUGAUCUUGUGGUAUUGAAGACUGUGGCGAUUUGUGAAUACGGGAUCCGUGCUGUGGCUUCAAAGUAUAUCAUGAAGUGUGAUGAUGAUACAUUUGUACGGAUAGAUGCUGUCAUGAAUGAAGUUAAGAAAGUUCCUCAUGGCAGAAGCCUUUAUGUUGGAAACAUAAAUUACUACCAUAAGCCACUUCGCCAUGGUAAAUGGGCAGUCACUUAUGAGGAAUGGCCAGAAGAAGACUAUCCACCCUAUGCCAAUGGGCCUGGUUACAUCGUCUCGGCUGACAUUGCACAAUCCAUAGUUUCUGAUUUUGAGCAACACAAGUUGAGGCUGUUCAAGAUGGAAGACGUGAGCAUGGGAAUGUGGGUAGAGAGGCUGAACCGGACGAAGGGGGUGGUGGAGUACGUACACAGCUUGAAGUUCUGUCAGUUUGGGUGCAUAGAGGGCUACACCACGGCGCAUUAUCAAUCUCCCAAGCAAAUGAUUUGCCUGUGGGACAAACUGCAGCAGAGCCCAGGGAAAGCCCACUGCUGUAACGUUAGAUGACGCAUGGUUUUGCGUUGUACUUUUUGUUUGGAAAUGUAAGUUUUGAUGACACCAGCGUCUGUAAAUAUAUGGUGGUUUUUCAUGUUUAGAAAACCUAUUCAUUCUUUACUGCAGUGCUAUGGUAGGCUUCUUCAUUUCAUUUCUUCCCCAUGUUGAACAACAACAAAGUGCCAGCUCUAUAGGGUUUGGGUGUCAACUGUAAAGAUGCACAUAGGGACCAUACAAAGUCGAGAUCCCACUCCCCGUCUCAAAUUAUGUUGUCUGUUUUAACUUUUAAGUAGUAGGGGGAGAGGAUUUUAAGAGAGUGAAAAUUGAUCCAAGCUUAAAAGAUCAUG